AUGCCUCCGAACGCCCACCAACGCCCGAGCGGUCCCUUCACCCACAACUCGCACGCAUACGGCGGCCAGUAUGACGGAGCGAGCAGCAGUGUAGACGGACAACGCGAGGCUGUCAUAGGGAGCAACUCCAGACAUCAUUCACAGGGUGUUGUUGCCUCCCAUUUCCUGGCCCAAGACCGCGAAACGUGGAUGGACUUUCUGAGAGACGGCACCGAGACCACUGUCAACCAGCAACCACAGUCUGCAAACUCCUCCCCCGCUGCCGCCUCCGAAGCCCGUUCAAACCCCUCCUCCUCACGCUACACACUUCCAAACCGCCCCUCACCACGCACUGAGUCGUCGUCCUCUCGCAGCUCCGAUCGCAAGCGACGCCUCACGACCGCGGACUCGCCUUCGAGACGACCAUCGAGCAUACGCAUGCACUCGGAAAACACUGGGGACUCGAAUACGGACCCAAUCGUGUUGGACUCGUCGCCUGCUUCGAAUAGACCACUUCCACCCACUCCAACCAUGGGCGUUGCCUCACAUACGCAUACGGGGCCGAUGAGGAGGCAGAGCGAUAUCGUGCUGCCACCAUGGCAGCCGGAUAGCGAGGUCUCGCAGUGUCCUGUGUGCAGGAGGCCCUUUUCGUUUUUACUCCGCCGGCAUCACUGCAGGAAAUGCGGAAGAGUUGUAUGCGCUUCCUGUUCGCCACAUCGUAUCACCAUCCCCCGCCAAUUCAUCGUGCAUCCGCCAUCUGAAAGCACCGCAAACUUCAUCGACCUGACUGGCGAGGAAGAGAACGCUAUGUCGCCAUUCGGCCCGUUCCGUAAUCCAGCGCUAGGCGGCGGCGAAGAAGUCCGCGUUUGCAACCCAUGUGUCCCUGACCCAAACUUCAGUCCACCACCCCGAUACGACUCACUUGGUCAUGGGUCACGCCCCUUUCCACCUCGAUCGACACAGGUGCCAUCCGCGCCGCCGCCGCAUCCUCGUGCUCAUAGGAGUAGUUCGAGUGUACAUGAUGCGAGUCGCUUUACGGGUCAAGGACAAACACAUGGUGCACGUGAUAUCUCCAGUGAAAGUAGUCAGAAUAGGAGAGUGAGUUAUCAUGGUAAUUCCAAUAUAGGAGAACGACGUCUCCCACCCCUUCCUCCAUCUGCGAUUCAGCAGCAACACCAGCAUCCUCACCACCGCGCCCCUUUGAUCUCCCAAACUAUAGCCAAUAACCGCGCUCGACAAGCGCAAAAUCACGUAAACUUUGGCUACGGAUCUUUCUCCGGCACCAGUCCGUUUGGUCAAGCGACGUCCACGCCUGUGCCUCCUCCCCUGCAGCCACAGCACGCUCAGCCACCCAGGCCUAGGAGACAGAUUCCCGAAGAAGACGAAUGUCCUAUCUGCGGCGAAGAAUUACCACCAAAGGGUCCAGAUGGCGAUGAUGCAGAGAGAACGCAGCACAUUGAGGAAUGUAUUGCUUUGCACUCUGCUUCUCCUGGUCCCACAGCUGCUUUGAAUCGAACGCAGACGCAGAAUAGCCAAAGUCUGCCUACUCAGCGGACGCGUGGUAUGAGUAGUGCGGGUGCGAAUCUCAAUAACAAUCAUAAUAACAAUGGCGGCGAGGGGGCUAGUAACUUGCAGAACCGAAUGAGUCAUGCUGCUAGGGGCAUGUUUCCUUAUGUGGCGACGGAGAAGGAUUGUGUGGAUGAGGAGGGGAGGGUGGCGGAGUGUACGAUUUGUCUUGAGGAUUUUGAGGCGGGGGAUAAGAUGGCUAGGUUGGUUUGUUGGUGCAAGUUUCAUGAGACUUGUAUCAAGGAGUGGUGGGAUAAGAAGGGACGGGGUGCUUGUCCUACGCAUCAGUUGCAGGAGUAA